AUGCUCGCUAUGUUACAACGUCUCGAACAAGAGAACCAAGCCCUCGAUCUAGACGAUGAUGACCACUACGAGUCCAUGCUUGAUCGGUUCAGUCAGAUUGAUAUUGAACACACAGAUGCCAAUGUGAUUUGGGACCUCUUGUCUGAUCAAGAACGAAAAGAAUUUGAACACGUCUUGCACAAUGUAGAAAAGACAGGUGAUUGGCACGCUUGGCAUCUCCCAUCCUAUUCUCCCUGGUGGGAGGCCUCAUCCCUUAUUCAAGAACAAGACCAAUCGAUACCUGGACCUGUAUUGCCUGCAUCUUUACCUGAUUUCACUCGACUCACGCAACCUGCAACACGAUCCAGUCCACAUAUUGUCUGGAAUGGACUCAGUAUUUUAGCCACGUAUAGUUAUUUAAUGCGCCAUGCCAUGGGCGACUUAUUGGAAGAUACACGCGAUACCCUAUGUCUAUGUGAAGUACUCUCAGCGAACGUACUGUUUUCCAAUGCAGCCACAUGUCCCUAUGAGGGUGUAGAGGAUGUGGUGGGUGAUGUAGUAGCACGUAUCAUCGAUUGGGAAGACAAAGCAACCACUCGACCCUCAUUCAACCACAUAAGACGAUACGAUUUAAAACUAUUGUUGUUGCAUGAUUUGGAAGUACUUCAGAAAGAAUCCAAGCGAGCCAUAUUUGAUUUCUGGCACACCAUGGACUGUAUCAGCAAACAGACAAGAAAGAAAAAGGUUGUGUUAGCCACAAAAAAGCUUUAUUUCUAUUUUGCAGCAGCAUGUUAUUUAGAUAAGCAAGACAUGGUUCAAUUAGCCAUCCAACAUGAGACCCAAAAGAUAGAAAAAGAAAAACAAGCGUUUCAAAGAGACUUUGAGGCUGCUAAAGAGGCCAUGAAGCAAUAUCAAAAAUCAAAUUCAACCAAAAUACAAAUAUUAGAUUAA